ACAAUCAACAACAAAAAACAGCUGUUCAGAUAAACAAACAAAAAUACAUUUUUCUUGGGAUUGUUGGAAAAUUUAUAACUUAAAAUAUGGCUAAAACAUCUGAACAAAAAUAUAUGGAAAUUUUGAAAUCCACCGAAGAAGUGGCUGACCAAGUUUUAGUCAAUAAACAAGAACUUAUAAAUCUCGAUCGCAGACGCCAGCAGAAUCGUGAAGCCAUCAGAGAGCUAGAGAAAAAUCCAGAACAACAAGAGAAGAAAAUAUGGACCACCAUUGGCAGCAUGCUGGUCAAAUUGGAUCGUCAAAAGGCCUUAGAACUAUUAAAAAAUGAUCAAUCUCAAAUUGAGCGAGAAAUACAAAUUUUACAAUCGGAUCAAAAGAUUUUGGUGAAUAAACAUCGCGACCUGGAGCAUUUCUCGCCAUAUUCGGGUACACAUAUAAAAGCUUUAGAUCGCAAGGAAUUUAAUGCAUUAAAGGCCAACUUACCCAUGUUGUGAAAUUGUAAAUAUGUAGUUGUAGCAUAAGUAAAUAUUUUGUAUGGAUUUUUUUUAAAUAAAACUAAUAAAAAAAUAUAUACUGAUGAACACUA